GGGUAACCAAGGCAAGACUCAGUCUAGUAUAAAGGGAAUAACAUGGUGUCCCAGAGGCUGUUUAUGUUUACUUAAAGAACACGUUCAAGUGGGGCGUAUUUCCAGACACAGCAAAUAUUUUUAUAUCGUUUCAGUUUUUUUACACUUUCUUUAUUUUCAUGUUCAGAUUUACUUGCUUAGUGGCAUGUAAAUCAGCUACUUUACUAAUGUGCCAGUCUUACAAAUGGAAAGGGGGCUUCACUUUGGAAGCGUGAGCAUUACCCUGGUGCUCCUGCUGCUGCUGAAAGCGCUCAUAGGUUUCGGGACUUCGGAAGCUCAGGGCUCCGCCACCGGACUGGAGCCGGGGUCCGACAGCCGGGGUUCGGCGGCGACCUCGGGAGAACAUGGUGCCACCGCGGCCGUGGAGGAGCUCUGCAUGGAGAACACGGGCAACGCGAUCACUGGAGCUGACGUUACGGUGGAGGACGAUGAGAACUGGUCUGCAGGGGAGGCCGAAGAAUCCCGGGGAGAAAGUGACGGAACUGUUCGACCUACGAGGUCACUCGUGAUCAUCAGCACCCUGGACGGGCGGAUCUCGGCGCUGGAUCCUCACAACCAGGGCAGGAAGCAGUGGGACCUGGACGUGGGCUCAGGGUGCCUGGUGUCCUCCAGCCUCAGCAAACCUGAGCUAUUUGGCAAUAAGAUGGUCAUACCUUCGCUUGACGGUGCCUUGUUCCAGUGGAACCGGGACAGGGAGAGUAUGGAGGCUGUGCCUUUCAGUGUUGAAUCGCUGCUGGAGUCAUCCUACCGCAUCGGAGAGGACACCGUUCUGGUCGGGGGCAAGUCCCUCACUACUUACGGUCUGGGGGCCUACAGUGGCAAGAUCCGGUACAUUUGCUCUGUGGGAGGCUGCAGUCGGUGGGGGGACGAAGAGAUGGAGGCGGAGGACGUUCUCCUGCUGCAGAGGACUCAGAAGACAGUACGAGCCAUCAGGCCUCGAUCAGGAAUGGAGAAGUGGAACUUCAGUGUUGGGAGCUUUGAGCUCAAACUAGUCCCUGAGAAACAGUCUGGAAUAAACUUUCUGGAGGGAGACAUGGCGAACGAUGACUCCUGGAAGGAAAGCCAGCGAGUCAUCAUCGACGAACCAAAGGAGAGGGAGUACAUGGACAACAAGCAGAACCAAAACCAACAUUUGGACCUCGUCAUCAAAGUGUCUGUUCCCGAUUGGAAGGUCAUGGCCUUCAGCACCGAGCCCAACGAACGGCUGGUCUGGGAACAUCAGUUCUGUACACCCAUCGCCUCCGCCUGGCUGGUGGGUGGGGGUAAAGUCACACCGAUCAGCCUGUUUGACGACACCACAUACAGCAGCCGAUCAGAACCUAAAGAGGACGAUGAGGAGGAGUCCGAUAAAACCCAGAGUGCUGCAGAGUCCAGUGUCUACCUCGGGAUGUUUCAGGGGCAGCUCUACCUUCAGUCAUCAGUGAGGAUCUCUGAAAAGUUUCCCUCUAAAGCUAUCGAAUCGGAGAAAGACAUCAUUUCUCUCCCCACCGUCAAAUGGAAGCCACUUAUACAGUCCCCGUCUCGGACUCCGGCGCUGGUGGGCUCUGAUGAAUUUGACAAGUGUCUGAGUAACGACAAGUAUUCCCAUGACGAAUACAGCAACGGCGCCUUGUCCGUUCUUCAGUAUCCAUACGACAACGGUUACUACUUCCCCUACAGCAAGAAUUACCGGGAGAAACGUGAAAGUGCCAUCAGUCUGAUAAAGAGAAAUGAGGCGGGCUCGGACAACCGCAGGAGAAAGGACCCUGUGCUGCUGCUGCCAUGGUGGAAGGAAAUCCUCGGCACCAUCGUCUUCUGCAUCGCUGCCACCACCUACGUCGUCCGCAGGUUCUUCCACCCGCCUGCCCCUGUGGCCUACGUCAGGCAACGGAAAGAAUCCGAGACGCAGUGCCAGACCGACAGCAAGUUUGACCUUGAAGUUGUCGAAUCCAAAGAGCCGGUUGCCGUGGAGAACCGCUUCAGCGAAUAUGUGUCCAGGUACCUAACAGACUUCGAGCCCAUGCAGUGCCUCGGCCACGGGGGCUUCGGCGUCGUCUUUGAAGCUCGCAACAAGGUGGACGACUGCAACUACGCCAUCAAAAGGAUCCGCCUGCCCAACAGGGAGCUGGCCCGGGAGAAGGUGAUGCGAGAGGUGAAGGCCCUGGCUAAGCUGGAGCACCCAGGGAUCAUCCGCUACUUCAACGCCUGGCAGGAGAGCCCCCCCGAGGGCUGGCAGGAGGAGAUGGACCAGAGGUGGCACAAGGACGCCAGUACCACUGAUUGGCCGAUGAGCAUCCCCGACCACAUGGAGGUGCUGUCGGUCAAAGUCCCCGUGUCCAGUUCCGUGUCCCCCACGUCUGGUCCAGACGGAGACACAUCCGUCAGCGCUCAGGCUCUCCUCUCCAACAGCAACGCCGGCUUCAGCGCCAACGAAGGAGACGCCGAUCUGUCCUUCCAGCCGCUGCCGGGCCACGACAGCCUGAUGUCUGAGCGGGACAGCCAGGCCGACCCCGACGCCUCCGACACCCCCAACUCCUUCGAGCUGUGCCCGCCCCGCGGCCCCAGCGACUGCACUUCCUCCUCCUUCGACAUCGUCUUUGAGGACUCCGGCUGCGAUCGGGAUGCCGAUGCUGACGCCGACACGGACUCGGCCACGAGCGCCGCCGGUCCCGGAGCACUGACAGAGAAGAAGAGUUCUUCUUCUUCUCACAGCAGGCAGGAGGAGGCUGCACCGCCGGCCUCCUCCAGUCCUCCUCGACCGAUCGCGCUCACCCUGGCUCUCCCAGCCACCCAGCCGAUCCAGCGCUGCCAGCCUUCCCCAAAGGUGUACCUGUACAUCCAGAUGCAGCUUUGUCGGAAGGAGAACCUGAAGGACUGGAUGGCUCAGCGGUGCCUGCCGGACCAGAGGGAGCUCAACCAGUGUCUGGACAUCUUCCUGCAGAUCGCAGAGGCCGUCGACUUCCUGCAUAGCAAGGGCCUGAUGCACAGAGACCUGAAGCCUUCCAACAUCUUCUUCACCAUGGACGAUGUGGUGAAGGUGGGGGACUUUGGCCUGGUGACCGCCAUGGACCAAGAGGACGACGAGGAUGAGCCCAGUGUGUUGACCCCCGCCCCGCUCCUCACCCGGCACACGGGCCAGGUCGGCACCAAGCUCUACAUGAGCCCGGAGCAGCUCUCCGGUAACUCGUACUCUCACAAGGUGGACAUCUACUCUCUGGGGCUGAUCCUGUUCGAGCUGCUGUACCCCUUCAGGACCCAGAUGGAGAGAGUGAGGACGCUCACCGAGGUGAGAGCUCUGCGCUUCCCGGAGCUUUUCUCCAGAAACAACGCUGAGGAGCUGACCAUGGUCCGCAGCAUGCUUUCUCCGAGCCCCAGCGAGCGUCCCGAGGCGGCCGACAUCACUGCCAUGUCCCUGUUCCAGGAGCUGGAGCUGCCGUGCCGGCUCGCCGUCAGGCAGCGCUCCCGCACCUACAGCUCCUCGUCCAUGGGCCGCCCCGCACGCCAGGCGUCCUCCAGCUGAAAACGCUGCGUUCAGAUACCGUCUGACAUGAGAAGCCCCCGCCCGGUCACUUCGCUGCCAGAGAAUAGCGACAAAAAACUUUUUAAACGUAGACUGUAUCCCGCACAGUUAACUUUAGAAAAACACCGAGUCAUUUAUCGUUCAUGCAGCGUUACACUACCCAACUUUCACCCUUUGUAAGAGGGGAAAGACUCUUUCAAAAGCAUUUUUCUUGUGGGUAUUUCAACAAAACAAAAGAAAAAAGGGCAGUUUUUUUUUUUUUUGUUUGUUUUUUUAAUCCUGCUCUCAGCCAGCUGUGUGUAAACCUGCCCAGUGAUUUCUCUGCAGCAUUUACCUCUCAUCUCUUUCAGAAACUGCCUCUGUUCUCACUCUUAACAAAAUCAUCCUCGACACCGACGCUAAAAAAAACACAAUAAAAAACAAAACAAAUCCGGUCAAAACGUGCUGCUCGCUCUCAACGUUGAGCCAGUGUUCAAUCCCACACCGCUACGCCUCAGGUAUGAAGAACCAAGGGGACACUCCUCACUCCCAAGGGGCCUUUGAUGCUCGUGCGAACACAGAGUGGUGUUCCCACACACACAAUCUGCCUGAUUUGGAAGACCAAAAAAAACAAAACAAAAGAAAAGAAAAAGAAAACAUAAAAAAGAAGACGACCAUCUUUUUUUCAUAAUCAUUUUUUUAAUAUGAGAUGACGUAUUGCAUAGAGAGGCGUUUGAGUCCCGUCCGCCUGAUGUGACUUGCCUUUAGAAAGGGGCCGUCGGCCCUCAGGCUGAAUGCUAGCGUUAGCCCUCGUGUCGUUUUGCAUGUAUCAGACAGGAACAUGAAGGAAUGAAUGUGAGGUUGUUUUUUGUUUUUUAUCUUAAAGCCAGUACUUUUUUCUCUGUAAAUUUUCCAGAUUAACUCCUGAGGUGCUCAAUCCUUUUCUAGCACCUCUUCUUUACUAUCUGUACAUAGUUGAAGGCAAAACUUUGUUUAUACCCCCCCUCCCUUUGGUUAAGAUAAGUUUGACCAAUGUUGUAUAUAUCGUAAGACGCCAUUGCUUGUAAAAGGCUUUUUUUUUUUCCAUAUUGACCUGUAAGAUAGUGUGAUAUACUGUGAGAGACGAAAACAAAGAGGAGGUUCGCUCUUUGCCGUUAAUGAAUAGCUGAAUGUUACUAUGUGACCCCCGCCUGGAGACAAGACCACGGUGGUCACCUCUUUGAAAUUAUUCUCAGUGUUUGUUUUCACAUGUUUUUGGGGAACCAAGUGGAGAGCGUUGCCUUGCUUUGGAAAGAAAAAAAACACCAGAGGGGAGCUUGGAGGACCCGGAGUGCCAUUUGGAAGGACGGCUAAGUGUACUUUUCUGCAACCGAUAACACAGUCUUCUGCUGGCGAUUUCCCCCCCUGAAACGCACAAAACUAAAACUUUUUUAUGGUUACAAUCAUUGUUUGUUUGGUUUUUUGUAGAGAUGCACCGAGAAUUUUCAGCUCGACAGACAAAUACAAGACUCAAAAAUCUGGUAUUCUUCCGAUGUUUGAACGCACCAUACACAAGCAGUGAAAGCAGUUCUCGGUGUGGAUGUUGUUACUGUGUGAAGCAGACCUAAAGUUGGUCAUUUUCAGUAUCGCUGAAGCGUUUCAAGGUUCGGCUGCUACAACAGAGCUAGACUUCAGUGAGUUCUGGUCGUUGCGCUCCGACUUUUGUUUUGCCCAUUUUCUAGCGACCGUUUUCAGCUGUGAAAAUGGUGGCCUGCCAAAAUGACGUCAACAUGUACCCACCUCUUAAAUCCCCAUUUUAAAAAGGUCUGAUGUGCAGGAGCUGCUGAUGGGUUCGCUUUGUAUUCCAAAGUCAGAUUUUCCGAGUUCCCAGUCAAGAAUACAACAAUAACUCAGCCUAAAAUCCAAAUAAAACCUUGUCAGAUGAAGACCAGAUGAAUUUUUUUAUCUCAUUAAGCCCGUAGCUUAUUUACUAUACAUUUUAACAACUUGUAAACAUGUAUCUGUACUAUGUAAGUGCAUCAAAUGGAGGAAAAAUACAUUAUUAGCACUUACAGCUAGCUACAGCUAGCUUGUGCAGCUAGCUGUAGUUGCACAUGCCACUUUGCUUUAACAUCUUUCCUAAAUCUGAUCUUUUUUUACUUUCAAUAUAGACUGAGCACUGAUUAGAUAUAACAUACACAAGAAAACAAUGGAGGUGGGUGUUUUAAGUCUAACAGAAAAAUACAUUAUUAGUGUAUAUGAGUUAAUAGCGUAUAUGGAUAAAUUUUUCACAUUGAACUUCAAAAAUGAGAAUAAAUGUUGAUGCAUUUACAACCUGGAGUAGUAGCAAUUUUUGUAGUUUUGAUGCAUUUAAUAAAUGAAGUAAAAGGAAACCUGAAGAAAUCUGUGGUCAGAUCGGUGCAUCGCUACAAAAA